GAGGUCAGCACCCGCACCCCCUGAGCCCAGUGUCUGCCAUGGAAGCCGCCGAAGCCGCCCGCAGCGACGGGGCCAGCCCAGAAGCCAGGGAGGCGCGCAGCCUGCCCGGCCCCACGGGCAGCCUGGAGAAUGGGGCCAAGGCCGAGGGUAAAGAAGCCAAGACCGCCAACGGGCAUGGCGGGGAGGGGGCCGAGGGCAAGGGCCUGGGCAGCGCCCUGAAGCCCGGGGAGGGGAAGAGCUCCCUGUUCCUGGGGGGGGACUGGCGGCGCCCCAUCAUCCAGUUCGUGGAGUCCACGGAUGACAAGGGCUCGCACUACUUCAGCAUGGACUCCGGGGAGGGCAAGCGGUCCCCCUACGCUGGGCUGCAGCUGGGGGCCGCCAAGAAGCAGCCGGUCACCUUUGCGGAGAAGGGGGAGCUGCGCAAGUCCAUCUUCUCGGAGCCCCGCAAGCCCCCCGCGCCCGGCGGCGUGGAGCCCAGCGAGGUGCGGAGGAACAGCUACCCGCGGGCGGACCCGGGCGCCCUCCCGGGCGUCCUCCCGCGCGCCAAGCGGGGCUCGGAGGAGGUGCUGUGCGACUCCUGCAUCGGCAACAAGCAGAAGGCCGUCAAGUCCUGCCUGGUGUGCCAGGCGUCCUUCUGCGAGCUGCACCUGAAGCCGCACCUGGAGGGCGCCGCCUUCCGCGACCACCCGCUGCUGGAGCCCAUCGGCGACUUCGAGGCGCGCAAGUGUCCGCUGCACGGCAAGACCAUGGAGCUGUUCUGCCGCACCGACCAGACCUGCAUCUGCUACCUGUGCAUGUUCCAGGAGCACAAGAACCACAGCACCGUGACGGUGGAGGAGGCCAAGGCGGAGAAGGAGACAGAGCUGUCAUUGCAAAAGGAGCAGCUGCAGCUGAAGAUCAUCGAGAUCGAGGAUGAGGCUGAGAAAUGGCAGAAGGAGAAGGACCGUAUCAAGAGUUUCACCACCAACGAGAAGGCGGUGCUGGAGCAGAGCUUCCGGGACCUGGUGCGAGACCUGGAGAAGCAGAAGGAGGAGGUGAGGGCGGCGCUGGAGCAGCGGGAGCGGGACGCCGUGGACCAGGUGAAGGUGAUCGUGGACGCGCUGGACCAGAGGGCCAAGGUGCUGCAGGACGACAAGCAGACCCGGGAGCAGCUGCACAGCAUCAGCGACUCGGUGCUGUUUCUGCAGGAGUUUGGCGCCCUGAUGAGCAGCUACUCCCUGCCGCCGCCGCUGCCCACCUACCACGUGCUGCUGGAGGGCGAGGGGCUCGGGCAGUCGCUGGGCAACUUCAAGGACGACCUGCUAAACGUGUGCAUGCGGCACGUGGAGAAGAUGUGCCGGGCCGACCUGAGCCGCAGCUUCAUCGAGCGGAGCCACGCGGAGAACGGGGGUGACCAUCGCUACAUGAACAGCUACACCAACAGUUACGGGAGCGAGUGGACUUCUCCAGACACGGUGAAGAGAUACUCCAUGUACCUCACGCCCAAGGGGGGGGCCAGGACGUCGUACCAGCCAGUGUCCCCCAACCGCCUCUCCAAGGACGUGAGCCAGAAGAACUUCAGCAAUCUCUAUGGCACCAAAGGUAACUACACGUCGCGAGUCUGGGAGUACUCCUCCACCAUGCAGAGCCCCGACGACCUGCCCGUGGUCCAGGGCAGCUCCUCCUUCUCCCUGAAAGCAGGCCCUGGGAGGCUCCCCUAUCAGUCCGCCACCUUGGGGCAGCCCACCACAGAGUUUCCCAAACCACUGGACAGCAAUGGGCUGUUUAAAAAUCAUGCUGGCUACCCCUCCCUCAUGAGGAGCCAGACGCCCAAGGUCCAGCCCCAGACUUGGAAAUCCGGCAAGCAGACGUUGCUGUCUCACUACCGGCCAUUCUACGUGAACAAAGGCAAUGGGAUCGGGUCCAACGAGGCCCCAUGAGCUCCGGACGGGCGGAACCAGGCAUGGCCACCCCUGCCCUCCCGGCUGACCUUGCUGCUCUUGCUACUGUUCUUACUGCAUUGGAGGAAGACCGGUCCUAUGUCUGCUGUCCCCCGACCCCUGCCAGCCCACUGGGGGCCGUCUCAGCCUCCCCCACGCCCCCCAUUAGCCACGCUCCACCCAGGCCGCUCUCCUGCUUUGAAGCUUCGAACGGUCAUCGUCUUGGUUGAGCUCAGCGGCCAAGCAUCACCAGGGUGGGUGGUCGAUGGGCCACCCUCCCCUAACCCACUGCCCUUCUCUUUGAUGGGGUCACUGGGGCUAGCAGCGGGGGCCCCCAUGUACCAGCUGCCUCUUCCACCCACACGCUUGCUGGCUUCAGGCCUGUUGGCCAUUUCUCUCCGAGGACCCUUGCCCCAUGGUGUGGUCAGUCAGUGUCUGGCCAAGGCAGCUGCUCAUUUUCCUUCCAGCAGCAGGGUCCCGUCGGGGAAACACGGGUUGUGUGUGCCCUGCGCUGGCCCUCCCUGCAGUGCCCAGCCUGGCGGAGCCACAGCCCGUGGCCAGCAGGAGGGAGGCCUCACCGUGUCGGCAUCUCCCUCCCAGCCCGGUCGCACCACGUCCACGCUGGGUCCCUGAGGACGGGCUCCCGGCUGGCAGGUCUUAGCCAAACGCCUCUCUCCCACCUGCCGACAUCAGCAGUUCCCUUGGCCUGACACCAGGGGAGGUGGCCAGGGCCCAGCUGCCCCGAGCGAAACAUCAUUUACCUGCAGAUUUCACGAGCUGAAGAUUCUGAAUUCUCCUGCGGUGGAUGGAGGCUGGGCUGGUGACCGCCGGUGCCGCCCGCCUGCCGCCCACCACAGGCCUCCGCCCUCUGCCCUCCGCACCCUCCACACUGCGUGUUGCCACAGGGCAGGGGCCAAAGCAGGAGCAGCAAGGGGGGUGGUUCUCCCUCUCAGCCCCUCUGGCCUGUGGGGCCUGGCGGGCAGGGGUGGGGCAAAGGGAGGGAGACACUCAGCUCAGCCCCCCCAACCCUCGAUCACCUGCUUGUGCCGAACAAGUGCCUCCUCGGGGUCCCAGAGGGACCAGCUGCAGCUCUUCUGAAUACACUUUCCACUCCGACAGUG